AUGCUUGGAUUACCAAGAAGAUUGGUCGAGCACGAACUAAAAAUUAGGGAGGGGUUUAAGCCUUUCCAACAGCCGGCGAGGCGAUUCUCGAACGAAGUACAGCUUAAGGUCAAAGAGGAAAUUGAACGUCUCCUUGAAGCCGGCUUCAUCCGCACGGCUCGGUACGUUGAGUGGCUGGCCGACUACAGAAAUAUAAACCUAGCGACCCCCAAGGACGAGUAUCCCAUGCCUGUGUCCGACCUCUUGGUGGAUGGAGCCGCGAAGCACGAGCUCUUAUCUUUCGUGGACGGCCACGCUGGCUACAACCAAAUCUUCAUAGCCGAGGAAGAUGUCCACAAGACGUCGUUCAGAUGUCCAGGCGCAAUCGGGACUUACGAAUGGGUAGUCAUGCCAUUCGGCCUAAAGAACGCCGGCGCAACGUACCAACGAGCUAUGAACCUUAUUUUUCACGACCUAAUUGGCCGAACGGUCGAAGUCUACAUCGACGACGUUGUCGUAAAAUCCCCAUCCAAAGCCGACCAUGUGGGGCUCCGACAGGCUUUCAAUCGCAUGCGGGCAUGCGGCCUAAAGAUGAACCCUAAGAAAUGUGCUUUUGGCGUCACCAUCGGGAACUUUCUCGGCUUCCUGGUCCACCAACGGGGGAUCGAGGUAGAUAAGAAUAAAGCCGUGCCAUCAUGA